AUGGGCAUUCUUAAGUAUCUCAAAUUUGCUCCAGCCAAAGCCAUAUUUUAUUCCGCGUCUAGUCCCUUGAAGAUUAGUGCUUUUGCUGAUUCUGAUUGGGCAAGGUGUCCUGAAACUAGAAAGUCUAUUACAGGAUUUUGUGUGUUACUUGGUUCUUCUUUAAUUUCUUGGAAGUCCAAGAAGACAAAUACUGCCUCCAGGUCUUCAACAGAGGCCGAAUAUAGAGCUUUGGCCUCAUUAACUUGUGAACUUCAAUGGUUACAAUACAUUUUUCAAGAUUUCAAGAUAGCAUUUUCAGAUCCAGCUUCUGUUUUUUGUGACAGUAGGUCCGCUAUUUACUUAUCUCACAACCCUACUUUUCAUGAAAGGAGUAAACACAUCGAGCUGCCAUGUGAUUCGCGAGAAAAUUCAAUCAAAGCUCAUUCAUUUGCUACCGAUACCAAGCACCUCUCAACUGGCUAA